UAGAUGGAGCGAUCCGUGUCAGCCGAGUGAGCGAUACAUAGGUACUGUAAGAUUACCGUAAUUCUGUCGAGUAAUACACUACACUGUCCCUUAAUAUCGGGGGCCGUGAGUUAUGAUUGUUGUUUUUACAUAGUUUAGUGGCACUUGUCAAGAGAUGGGUAUCAGUGUCGUGUUAACAUUAAAACUCUCUACAGUGACUUCAAAUGUGAGUCUGAGGCAAGAUCGAGAGUUGACGUCUUCUCCACCUCAGGUAAGUCCCUCACUCUCUCUGUCAUCUCUCAUGGAACGCCUUGCCGAGGAUCCCCCAAUCUCACAGACCUUGUGCGUAACUAACGAUCGAUUCAAGCAGUCUGAAAGUUCAGUUGUGAAAUUCUUGGUUGUUUUGUGUUUCGUUUCAUGAAGUCCUGGCGAGAGUGGAGUGGCCAGGCCGUUUCAUUAACAAUCUCCCAGCGCCAUCAUGCCGAAUUCUGGUUAAGGGUCCGAUGCGGCCUAGGCCCAUCCGGCCGGCAGUUUCGUCGCAUCACUUGGGCCCGAGACUCGCGACCAAUUGGCGGCGGAUCUUUGUCAUCCCAAAGGUCGCAAUAAACUCUGUACACAUGGAGUGUAACAGAUGCCACUCCCGAUCCUUUACUGUUGCUCCUCUGUGCUUCGUCGUGUUGUUGGAUUUGUUCCUCCCGUUCGGCAUUGGCGCCGUGGCGCGCUCAAAGCCUGUCAGACGCCUGAGAAUUGGAAGGGUUGAGCUUGAAACGCCCCUUUCCAUCAAAUCGGCUCGCUUCUUCGGCCUUGGAUUGCUGAGUGGUCGGUUCUUGGGGCGAUCCUUGUUCUCAAUCAGGGGCGGUUGCGGGGCGGGAGUGGGAAUGCCAGGUUUUGGAGUGGACCCCGGUCAGGGGAAUUCCUCAAAGUGCUGUGGAACAAAGUUGAGCUUCGAUACGAGAUCGGACUUACUUGUAGGUCAACAAGCCUCGGAGAGCCCGGGAGAGUGUUGGUUGAGGGAUAACAGACGAACAACUGUGGUGCGUGACCUGCGAAUACGGAAGAAAGGAUACCAUUCGUUAACCCUGUCCAUGUUGACACGAUUCAAGUGUUGGGGUUGACAACGGAGAAUCUCUCGAGCUGCACCCGACGUUGUUGA